GUUAUUUUAGUAUCUGCUAACAAGCUGACUCGGUACAUAGAACCAUGCCAACUAACAGAAGACUUUGGAGGAUCUCUCACCUAUGAUCACAUGGAUUGGUUGAAUAAGAGGCUGGUAUUUGAAAAGUUUACGAAAGAAUCAACAUCCUUACUGGAUGAACUUGCUCUAAUUAACAAUGGAGGUGAUAAAGGAACUCAACAGGAAAGAGAGAGAUCAAUAGAUUUGAACUUCCUUCCAUCAGUUGACCCUGAGACGGUAUUGCAGACAGGUCAUGAGUUACUAUCUGAGUUACAGCAGCGUCGAUUCAAUGGUUCAGAUGGAGGGGUAUCCUGGUCUCCAAUGGAUGAUGAACUACUUGCUCAGCCACAGGUCAUGAAGCUCCUAGAUUCACUCAGAGAGCAGUAUACCCGCUACCAGGAAGUUUGCAGGCAACGUAGCAAGCGUACACAACUAGAGGAGAUUCAGCAGAAGGUAAUGCAGGUGGUCAACUGGCUUGAAGGACCUGGAUCAGAACAACUACGAACCCAGUGGGGAAUAGGUGAUUCAAUUAGAGCUUCACAAGCUUUGCAACAGAAACAUGAAGAGAUUGAGAGUCAGCACAGUGAGUGGUUUGCUGUUUAUGUUGAGCUUAAUCAGCAGAUAGCAGCUCUUCUAAAUGCAGGAGAUGAGGAGGACCUUGUGGAAUUGAAGGCAUUGCAGCAACAGCUGAGUGAUGUGUGUUACCGGCAGGCCAGUCAGCUGGAAUUCAGGCAGAAUCUAUUACAAGCAGCACUUGAAUUCCACAGUGUUGCCCAGGAUUUGUCUCAGCAAUUGGAUGGCUUACUAGGAAUGUUGUGUGUAGAUGUAGCACCAGCAGAUGGAGCAUCAAUUCAACAAACUUUAAAACUAUUGGAAGAGAAAUUGAAAAGUGUUGACUUAGGCUUGCAAGGCUUGCGUGAGAAAGGUCAAAGUCUUCUUGAUCAGAUAUCUAAUCAGGCAUCCUGGGCCUAUGGAAAAGAUGUGACCAUUGAAAACAAAGAAAAUGUGGACCAUAUCCAGGGAGUGAUGGAAGAUAUGCAGCUUAGAAAACAAAGGUGUGAAGAUAUGGUGGAUGUGCGGCGACUAAAGAUGCUUCAGAUGGUACAGUUAUUUAAAUGUGAAGAGGAUGCUGCUCAGGCAGUAGAAUGGUUAAGUGAACUGUUGGAUGCUCUGCUGAAGACACAUAUCAGAUUGGGAGAUGAUGCUCAAGAAACAAAAGUUUUACUGGAGAAACAUCGAAAAUUUGUUGAUGUUGCACAGAGUACUUAUGAUUAUGGGAGACAGUUACUACAGGCAACUGUUGUCCUGUGCCAGUCCCUGCGAUGCACUUCAAGGUCCUCGGGGGACACACUUCCAAGACUAAACAGAGUGUGGAAACAGUUUACAGUAACUUCUGAGGAAAGAGUACACCGGCUGGAAACAGCUGUUGCAUUUCAUUCAAGUGCUGAAAAGAUUUUGCAAGAAUGUCCAGAGCAGGCUGAAGCUUUUAAUGACAUGGAGCAAUUUGAUGAAAUUGAAGCAGUUGGGAAAUCGCUAUUGGACAGACUAACAGUGCCUGUAGUUUAUCCUGAUGGGUCUGAACAGUACUUUGGGAGCCCAAGUGAUAUGGCUUCUGCAGCAGAACACAUUAGAGAGAAGAUGAAGCUAGUUAGCCUGAAAAAGCAGCAGCUGAGACAACCAGAAGCCACUACCCUGGAGAGCUAAUACUGACCCUUGUCUAUAAAUUCAUAAUAGGACUUCAGUUUGUAAUCCAGCAUGUUGUUUGCAUAUUACAGAAUUCGGCAUAAUAUAUUAAAAUGCAUUUCACAGCUGUUAUAAGUCUCAUCUAUUUUUCAAAGUAAAUGUUCUCAGCAUCUUAACACUGUACAUCUAUCAAGCCAUAAUGAUUUAACAUGCUAUGAAACCAUAGAUUCCAAGUAUCUUAUGAAAAGGAACUGUAAACUUUGCACUGAAAUUUGCUGUUAAGCUUUACCUGACCUGUCAGCUGCUUCUCAGUUAAACAGCUGAUGCAAGCUUUGAAUGGUGCUAAUGAAAGUGUUAGAAGUUCCGUAUUAUGAAACUGUACUUAUUUGCUUCCCUCUAUGCCCAGGUGAUGUAGUAAUUUUAGACUGUAGGUAAGCUCCUGCAGUGUAGACGGUGGUGACCCUAUAAUUUUAAUUUGAAAUACUUUUUUUUUUUUUUAAAUAUCAUUUUUAUUGUGCCAGUAUGCAACCUGCCCAUCAAAUCUUUGAUAUAUUAAAUCCAUUAAACAGAUGUUUUCCUAUUUGUAUUGAUAAUGUAUUAAAAGCUGUUUGUGCUUAAUAAAAAUCAUCUUUUUAAAAUCUAA